UAGCUGGUUGCUCUCAGUAGCGGCAACAGAUAUUUAAGGCGAAUGAAGAAUUCAUACUGGAUCAUUAUGAAUGGAAAUAUUGAACAAUUGAAGGUGAGAAAUAAGUUGACAGAGCCAGAGGAGGAAUAAUUUCUUUCACAAUGUCCGUGUCUCCAUGCGGUUCGUAACGGAGAAAAAGAAAAUAUGGAUAGUAUUUUCGAUAAUGGGUCGUACGACUCAACCUGCGACGAAUUCUUUGCGAAUGUGUCUUUGGAUGCCGCCGAUCUCAUCUCGUACUCCGAUGCUCAGGUCGUCAUCACCACAGUACUUUUACCAAUCGUUCUCGUUGUCGGUCUGAUCAACAACAUCGCCUUCAUUUACGUGGUUGUCCGAGUGCAAUGUAUGAAAACGAUUACCAACGCAUGCCUUGUCAACCUUGCAAUGUCAGAUCUCCUUUUCCUGACAAUAGCCAUUGGUGAUAAGAUAUGGGCGUAUGUUCACUCGCCCAUCACCCCUGAUCAUUCACACUUGGGACUCAUCGGCUGUAUCUUUACAGAGAUCAGUGUAAAUACCACGUACUUUGCCUCUCUAUUCUUCGUAACGCUUGUUGCCCUGGAGCGUUUCUACGCAGUAUGCCGUCCACAGAAAGAGCGUGGAUCGGCCGCUAUGAGAACGUUUCGUUGGUUGCUUAUCGGCUCCUGGGCAACGGCCGGACUCCUCUCGGCAACCUUCAUACCAGCCUACAGUAAGAUACGUAAUUUCUGUGCCUUGUGGCCCGACGUAGAGCCUUAUAACACAUGGCCAACGAAGUUCCAGUGGUGUGAACCCAUCCAAGAUUGGACUAAGAUCUACACGGACAGCGUACGUGCCAUUCCCUUCUUCAUCGCGUUUUUUAUCAACGUCUUUCUCUUUGUUGGCAUCGUCAGGGGCCUGAAUCAGGCCGUGGAGAGGGCGAAGAUCAUGGGGAAAAGAGAUAAAAACGUCAAAUUACGUAAUCAAAUCACAUGGAUGCUAAUUGUCAAUGGAUUGGUGUUCUUCCUCUGCCUUGCCCCGUUCGAAAUCAUUUCCAUCAUGAAGGCAAUGGGGAGUUUCAAAUCGACCACCAUGUUGGAGCAGGUGGCCAUGCACUUUGCCCAGAUUCUUGCCUACCUGAACUCUCUAAUCAACCCCGUGAUUUACAUGGCCAUGAGUACCAGAUACCGAGCUGCCUUCAUCAACGGCCUUCUGCCUGCACAGUGCCGACAACGAUGGCAGAGUUUGGGCUUACAAAGCAGCACGGCACACAUCAGUAUGACCAAUUCAAAUGUUCACCACGAACAUGUGAACGGCAACUACGGUUGACGGUUUCACAAAUCAAUCUACCUGUUGACUACCACGACUCUCGCUAAAGACGGUACGUUUCUUUCUUUUAAGACGUCACAAGUUUCUCCAUAGGAUGUCAGAAUAAUUGAUUGUCCAAUAAAGCGUUCUGAAAAGCAAAAUAAGUGCUUACCAUCAUUAUUUGGUAUUUCUAUGAAUUUUUGUGCUGGUAAUUGAAUCAAUACAUUUCUAGCGCAAAGGCCAUGUAACCAUGGUAACGGAAAAUAAAAUUCAACUUAUUUUAUCCUCCUAUAAAGGCAUAGAAUGAAUAGUCUUUGUCUGGACAUGACAUUAUAUUGACUGCAAGUGGAUGUGUCUUUCCUUAACGCACAUUUAAAAAUCAAAGCCUAGAGAAAUGAAUAGGACACUCUGACUCGCCAUUACUGAGGUGACCUGCACAUAUACCUUGCUAUUAUACUGAGAAAAUGGAGAUAAGUUUUCACAUAUUGAAAUAUUGCCAGUAUUCAUUUUGUGUCUAUUACGUUCACAAUUGACUAUACCUCCCUCAACACCGAAUUGUUCCCAGAUCGAACUUAGACUCGACCUCGACACGAAUGAACCCAUUUGAUUAGAUGGCCUAUUACCACAGCGUGGGUUGUCGUUAAAGCUGUGAUAUCCCUAUCACUUUAUGACCAGGGCAUAGCUACGGGCGAAAAGAAUAUCAUUAGCCCCCAUUAGAAAGAGGCUUGCUUAUUAAGCAGGGAAGUGAGAACAAACUCUUCAGGAUCUUCAGAAAACAGGAAACCUCCACAAGGUCUCCGUUUCGACAUUUAGCUAAUUCCACAACAACCUGUGAUUCAACAUUUACUGUGUGUGGGUGGUAAGAAUUCAUUUCAUUAACCGGAUUUUAGCGAGAGAAAAAAAAUCCUAGGAGAAAUUAUUGAAUAGGCGCAAAGCGGCCUAGUGGACUGUUCACUGCAUCCAUCUGUCUUGAUCAAUACUCUGCAGGGUUCCGCGUACCAACCAGGUAGCGUAAAUGGAUCACGCUUUCCUUUUAGUUCCUCAACACCCGUCGGGAGACUGGUAAAUUGCGACUUUCCGGAGCAGCAGCGAGAUUUGGAUGUUCCAUUUUCAGAUUAGCCUUGUCACAUGUCAUCUGGGUAAAUAAAACAUCCUUGUCGUCCAUGUGUCUCUCUAUUGCCGUCAGCACCGGAAGCGACACAUGGAGAGGAAAAACACAUGCACCGAGGUAGGAAAAAACGCCAGUUCGUGUCUACAGGAUAAUGCCGAAGCGUCACUCAUUUCAGCUAAAGCGUCAGUAAAAGGGCGCAAGGAGAAAGAAGGGUUAGCAAAGCACUUGUAUUAAGAGCUGUCAUUUGUUUCUUUAUGCCACACUGGUGAUAUUUAUGUUUGUGUCAGCACAAAAUUGUUUCUCUGUCUGUCAUCUAGAUCUGGUUGUGCAAUCGACCAUCCAAUAUUGUCAGCCAUCUUCAGAGUAUUUGACUAUUCAUAGUAUGUCGUAAAAGUGAAAUAUUGAAACGUUCAUUAUUUAUUUCCCUUUCAGAAAUUAAAUGUAUUAUUGGAGAGUUAUUUUUUUUCUUUUGGAUUGGCACCAAAUCACCAUUAACAUUUGACUGUCUUAAUGCUGAUGUUUUAUCAUCUCCAUGAUGGCCUAUUAAAGUCUUUCGAUUCGUCGGUAAUGCUUGUUAACGUUUACCGAUAUGUGGGGUAGAUAUCUACAGACCUAUCAGCAGUAGAUAUGAACAUGUAUGAGUGAUAUUUUCAGAUCGGUUCUUUUCAAUUCUGGGGGAGGGGUGUUUCACAAAGAGUUAAGUGUGACUGAGAUCUGCAAUCAACUCCCCAAUAGCGUGCGGUAUAUAACGCAUCGCCGCAUUGGUCAGAUCAUGCGCAGGAGACGCGCGUUUCCUCGUAUCAAUGAAUCAGAUUAUGCGAUAAAUAUAGUGUGUGCGCGUUGGCGUUUAAGCAUGGCACUUAGUCACACUUAACUCUUUGUGAAUCAACCCCCUAGGUUUAGCUGGAAAAAAAUCAUGAAAAUUCGAAUGGAAUACAAAUUUCUUACAAUAUUUUCAUGUUUAAAAGUGCAGCAUAUUUGGUAAAUGCACAAUGGUACUAUCACUGUCUACAAAUGAUGACUAGUAUAGUUGUCGUUUGCAGUAUGUAGUGCGUUAAAAGAGGUUUUCUAGAUAAAGAGGUCUGAUAUUCAGUCAUUCAAUGUGUAAUUUCUAAUUCUCCCAGAUAAUGAAAAAGUUACGCACCAGCUUUUUAUUAAUGCCUUGUAUAUCUGUCAAUACACAUUACUAAGCAAUUGGUGUUGAAGACAGCUGAAGCGAACUGAUGCUUCAGUGAUUUAUUUGUCAGUGGACAUGAUCACUAUGAAUAGCUCUUUGACAGAUUUAUCAAUUACAAUUCACUCCAUAAGUUACACACACCUGGAAAAUGGACACUUGAUCUGUUGUCUUCGAGAUUAAUCAUUUUAGUCAUUACUGAUAUCGGUAAGGAAACAAUAUAGAUAUAAACAGUCACUUUUCAAUUUCUCGUAAAAUUUAGAUAUAAUAUUUGAAUAUUUUUCUUCUAAAUUAAGAUUAUCGUUAUUUUGAUGCAAAGCAUAGCAUGGGAGUAAAGUCACUAAACUCAACGAAACAAUGAGGAGUAAACCCUUGUGAGAUUCUUGAUUUGCCAUGAUUGUACAUGUCUUUCAAUAUCUUAAAAUAAGGGCCAGUAUGUUAAAGAAAGGAAACGUGCGUUAUGUUGCAUCUGUGUGCAAAGAUUACAGGGAAACGUGGUUAGCAAUGCAAGAAACAUUAAAUUUUCAAAUCAAAAUUUUCCUGGCAUUGAAUAGAUUAUGAUUAUUUGUGUCAUUCUUGCCAUACGUGAACGCACGGCCAGAAUAGAAGACAGUAAAAAAAAUGAUAAAUUAAGACAAUCGAUUUCUGUUUAAGUUAGAUCUUCAAAAUACUGCACUAUAGAGAUUUGUCAGGAACUGACACAGGUAUUUCAUGAAACUGGGGCACACUUUGCAUUACCCGUCACCUCUUAAGGAUAGGCAAUUUCAGGACUUUAUUUCUACACUUUAUCAUACCAAACACGUAAAAAAUGCACGACCAUGCACCGCGAAGCAUUUUGCAAAGUAGGCAAUUCCUCAAAGAAUCUACAUGAACGACAGCCGUGGACAUGCAGCAUGACAUGAAAACUAAUGGCACAAUUUACAUCAUCUCAUGGGGUUUGGCGGGAAACCAGGGUCAUAUAAACAUAAUUCAUAAAACAUUCACCUUCUGCAUCAAAAAAGCAUGUCAAGGCGUUUCAGGAGGGGUAAUUGGGGUCAUGCUUUAUCUUCUUUCGCCUUGCCGAGGCGGAGAAAGAGGUAAGUAGGGGGAAAAAAAUCAGGCGGUCACUAUCAUGGGCAAUGAAAUUCACAAGUUCCAUGCCUUGCAUCCCCGAUGGUCGAAAUCAAAUCCAAUUUCAGUUAUUGAUUGGUGCAAUUACUAGUUGAGGUGCUGGGCUUUGCAAAAUAGGGGUUGAUUACAAAGAUGGAAGAGAGGACAUCAGUACAGAAUAGGGGUAUGGGAUGAGAUUGAGGAUUAAAACGAUGCAAAAGGGUAACAAAACAUUGUAUCAGGGACACAAGGAUAAGGAAUAGAAUAAUUGAUCAUGUUUUGGACGAACCUCUGCAUUGCCAUUUUUUUCGGAAGAAAAGCUUCAUGUUCAAUUUAGAAUAGUGAAGACGUAAAAUAAAUGCGUGCAUAUUCAAUUCGCGAAAAACCAAACAGUUAAACCGUUCACUGAAUUGAUUAAUAGUUGUAAACGAUUUUCAAGUUGGGGAGGGGGGUGAUUAUACCGUAUGGGAUCUGUUUGGUGACAACUACGCUGUCCAACAAAUCAGGAUCAUGAGGCUCUAAAACCUGACUAGAAAUAUUUUCACUGAACACGAUAAGCCUGAAUCAUUGUUAAGAAUGGAAUCGUUAAUCCAUCGAAUGAUAGUAAUGAGAACGUAAAAUUUAAAACCAUUUCUGCCUUCCAUGAGCGUUUAAACGGAAAUAAUCUGUCGAACUGUCCAAACCCGUCCCUAGCAAGAUAUCCAUUGAACAAAAGAAAAGAAAUGAAUAAAAACAAAUUUGACCCCAAUGUGUCAUAGUUCCGGGCAUCGUUGCACGCCUUGAAUAUCCGAGUGACGAUGGUCGCCAAAGAGAGAUUCGGUCGGUCGUCGACGACCGCAGGUGAUUGCGAUCAGAUGAAGUCCCGAAGGGACAUCGUACCUUUUCCCCUCUUAUGUCGGAAAGCAUCUCGAUAACAACCUCGGUGUUGAUAUCCCCUCACGAGCCAGGGAUAUUAGCUGUUUGUUCAUAAAUGAGUAAGCGGUGCUCCGGGCUUUCUUCAACCUCUGCGUUUGUAAGCCUGACCGGAAAAUUAAUGGGAUGGCUUGAAAUAGCGGAUGAUGUUGAAAAGAAAAACAAAGGCACAAAACCAAAAGCAAGGGCGAUCACGUAUUGCUUUACACUCGUUAUAUGCAAACAAAUUUCAGCACGUACGAGGAAUGAUCAAAUUACAGAGGUCUUUUACCGAAUGUUGGGUAGUUGAAUUGUAAUGGAAUUGCUUAAACCCGUCGUUCGUCACCUAAAUUGCCUGUAGGAUUGCAUAUUGAUAUUGUGGAUAGUUCUUCGGAUUUCGUGGCAAACUAGGACAUGCACAAAAAGCCUCCGCGUUAGUUAUAAUAGAAACCAAAGAAUUGUUCUUCGUUUUCAAAGGAUGGCCUACACUCUUUUAAAGCAUUAGCACAAUUAUAGUAAUUCGAAUAAUGGUGUUGCCCGAAGUGGUCCCGCGACGGUAGGACCAAAAACAUAGCUUGUUACUAACAGCUUAUACAUUAUUCCAAACCUCCAGGCCAUACUCCAUGUAUUACUGUAUGCACACGAAGUUGGUGUUCAUCGAGCCUACCUAUCAAUCCCAUUAAGGAUUAAAAGAACUGAAGCUUACGAAAAGGGUUUAUGAAUCUAGGGCAAUUCUGAAUUAAUCAUGUCUCCAGACAAAGGUUAAAAAAGAAAAAGAUAUUUUUAAGGUUUUAUAAUUCGCACCAAAUCCUUGUGACUAUGUUAAUGUUGAAAUCUAAUGAUAUCAAUGAUGACAUCUAUGACAUGUAUGACAAUAAUCAUUACAGUUGAAGAAAUGAAGAUGACGAUACUUAUGUUAAUACUCAUCAUAAAAUACUCAAAACAAUUCAGACAAAUUAAAAGUCGAACAGAAUGCGUAAAGCGAUUAAAUUGUGGUCUGCUAGAGUCUUAGGAAUCUCCUUGGGAAUAUCAGCCAGCAUAAACAAUCUUACAGCUGGAUGAUUAAACAUCUAAUGGAUUUUUUAAACUUGUAAUACGUGACUGGAAACCUCUUGAAUCUUGCGAAUAUCAUGCAUAUUAUCAAGGAACCUUAACAAAAGUCAGCCAUUGAGACCAGCGUCUUUUAUAGCGGUUUUCCCUAAGACGCAGGUCAUAUUUCAGUAAAUAACAUUUUGCAUUCAUUAUUAGAAGUUUUGUUUUUAUUUGACCGUGUUUCCCUGUUCUUUGUUGAGGAACAAAUAAAAAAGGUUGACAUAAGCAAUAUUUACCCAAAUUUUGAUUUGAUUUGAUUUGAAUUUAUUUGAGUUAAAAGAAAAAAAUGCAAAAUAAUACAUGUGAAAUUACUACAUAAAAACCCCAAUCAACAGCUCUAUAGUCAUGGUGCUUCUGGUCUAGCGAGGGGGCCUUAAAGCUCGCAACAUGUGAUCAUGUAUGUUAAACCAUAUCAUAAAAUAUCAGAAAUAAAUAUAACUCAUUUAUUGGUUUUUUUUUUAAAGGAAUACCUCUUUCAUUAUCAUUGCUAUUGAUGGGAAACCAGUUGAACUGUUGGGAAAUAUGAAGCUGUGCGUUCACAUUCAGUGUGAGAGACAUAAUUAUAGGCCUAGACCUCACACAGUCCCCUAAUAAAACUUCACCUCAACUGCCAAACGGUUGUCAUUGCUAUAGAUCAUGUCUAGUUCAAGGCAUGUUUUCACCAUCCUAUGUUAUUGUUUACAGUAUCGGAAAUUCAUUCCUCUCUGGAAUUUAUGACCAGCCGCUUUCCCCGGCUUCUUACUGUGCUCAGAUGUUCACAUUCAUCUUCUUGUACCUCGGCAAGGGGUUGUCUUUUUUAAGAAAAACAAGUCGUAACCGUAUAGUUGUAAAUUGCAGUCUAAUCUAUCCAUAAUGAACGUGGGUUGUCUCCACAUGGCAUGGGUGAAAGUUUUAUUGCUCGUUGAUUCACAGCUGUGAGUUAGUGAGUGAGUCAUAUCAUAUAGCAUGGCAUCCAGUCCUUUAAAUUAUUCAAGUAUUUAAAUGAUCCUGUUCUCCCAUCCAGAUGUCGUCUUAUAUUAACUUGGUCACGAUAAUGUUUUACCGAUGAUCAUUAAUAUUACGGAAUGUUUCCAGACAUUCCUGAUUUUCAAUGAAGAUCAAAAUAAUGGUCGCAUUAUGUACUGAGAAUUUCAGUAAAUGACUUGACGUAUGGAAGACAGUUCCCCCGUUUAAUUUGUAGUUUCCAAGAUGUCGACGCCCUUCUGAAGGGAAACUGAACCUACUCUUGUUGCAGAAAUACAAUUAACAUUCUACGAGUCGCUUUGGUUCUCUUAAUUCCGAACUACGAGUGAGUAAAUGUAUCAUAAUUGUGAAAACGCGAGCAAACUUUCAAGCUUCAUCCAUGCCUUGUGACGUGAAAUACCAGUGUUCAGCACAUUCGAAGUGCUAAAUAUACAGUUAUGUUUGUCAAAGCAUUAGCUCUGAUAUGAUGAUAAAGAUGCUUUGGCCUCUGAUAUCUGCCUUCAUAAUGACAUGUUAACCACCCCUGGGUAUUUCUUCCUAACGGAUUUACGAAAAGCUUAGAUGUCUUAAGUUAGGAUCGAUAUCAUGAUUAAAUGUUUUGAAAUCUAUAUUACUAUUUUUCAGAGUAUGCCUACGCAAGCACUCCAAAUCAAGAAUGGCUUGUCCAUUACAUCGAUGUAACGUACGAUAGAUUACCAUGACAUUAAGCCUUCCACACAAAUCAAAUGGUGGAAUUUCAGUAGUUUCUUUGCUUGUAACUCGUCACUGCGAGGAUUCGAGCCUAUUUUUUUUUAACAGAAAUAUUUUAAUUGCAGAUAUCAUAAUAUGAAUUCAUUCAAAGGUUUGAUUUCGAAUUGCUGCAAUUGAUUUUUGAAGUUGAUCCUUAUGGUUAAUUCAUUAGAAAUGUUAACAACUCUCAGGGUUUAUCAAGAAAAUACCACCUUCAAUUAUAACAGUCUUAUGGUUAGAUUGGUAUCAAAUUCGACUAUUACAUAUCGAUGUAAAUUAUUCCAAUCUAGUAUUGACUAUCUAGACUAUUUGUAUCGCAAUGUUGUACGGGGUGGACGUAGAGUCUCUUCAUAUUCAUCUAUAUUAUCAUUCUAAAUAUAAUAUUUCACUUUUAUAUCGAUUUCACUGCGUAGUGGUGAUCGAUAUAAUCACAGAUACAUUUGUUCUUUUAAUUUCUCGCUUCUCGUUCAACGAUUCCAAUCGAUCGCAUCCCCAGGGAAAACGGGAUGAUGAAAUUAUAUCGGGAAGUCGUAUGCUGUGAUCGCUUUGUAAUAUAGCCAUAGGACCGCAUGGCUUGUCAUCACCAUGGUAACGGCAAAAACCACCAGAGGGAGUUUAUGCAGUCCACGAGCAAUAUUUGUUGCCUCCUGACAUGUCAAGAGGUGACAAAUACAGCAUCCUUAAGCUUGGUGCUCUCUACGAGCAGUAAUAAAACAUGUGCAAGAAUAGGUGAUUAAAAAACAGAUAUGGUGGACCUAGAUGGGGUCAAUCGGAAAUCUCGACAGGUAUACAUGCAUUUUGUGAUGUAAGGGACGCUUUGAUGGCGAAAUAAUAAAGUCUGACACAAUGAUCUCUACGUUUGAUCUGUGAUACCAAAUUGACCAUGAUCGGUCGUUUGGGUGCAAGAUACGUCGCUUGGACUACGUUGCUGCUCUUAACUUGGCCAACAUGAGCGUCGUAUGCUUGUCGAAUUGAGUCCUUUCAAAACACUUAAAUGUGAAAUCUGAACGUAAAGAAAAAAGUCUAUUCCCAGUGAAGACGAACAACCAUUUUUCUAUAAACUUCACACGGAAGUCAAUGUUGUUUACGUCAGCGUGCAAUGAGGAAAUGUGAUCGUAGAGAUCUGCUUGAUUGAAAAUUGCCAAGUGGCAUGCAUUUUGAAGGUGAAAAUUAUAUGCAAGAUGAAAGCAUGGAUCGUUUUAAUUCUAUGAGUGCAAAAAAACAGUGAGUAGCGCUUUUAUGGAGAGGAGGGAUCGCGGCAAUGGAUGCGCACACAGAAGAGCUCGUGUGUCCAAUUUGAGGAAUGAUUAGCGAUUGUUUCCCCCCUUCGCAUUGGAUUAAGAGAUGUAAUGAUGAGAUAACGAGCACUGCCAAAGGGGCGAACAAGGUGCCUCGUGCGAGGAGGCAACAGCGAGGUGAAUUUAGAUUUCGUUCUGCUGCUGAAGCUGUCGUUGAGUUCUUUUAAGUACAAAAAUGUAAAAUAUUAACCAUGAGAUAAAAAGAGUUAUUUAUUUAUAUUAUACACUGUAAAUUUUUCACAUUGUAUUUCGGAAAAUAUGUAUAUUAUUACAUAACAUGAUACUCGUCGUAUACACUACAUUAAGAGGUACAAUUUAUUGAACAUAAUUUCGAAUUGUGUAUUCUAAAAUAUUUGUGUUCAAAUGUCAUAUCGGUCAAGCACCUUCAAUGUUCAUAAUUAUUAUUUGCUGAUUCUUUGACCUUUUGUAAUAUGUAUUUUGUAUAUUUGUUUUCUCCCCCGAAUUUGACUAUUAUUUAUACCUUAUUAUAACGGCUGUUAAAAAAAUCAAAAGGAAACACAUGUGAAUACGAAGAAGACUGGUGAUUAUUACUCUGAAAGAUAUACGCAUAAUAUCUGUGUACACAUUGUACGAAGUUCCCACAUUCAUAUUUGUGGCUUGUGGAGAAAGCAGUGUCCAAGCAAGAAUGGAAUACCUUAAAAGUUGUUGAAAUAAUGUAUAUUUUCUAUACACCCUUACUUUUUCAUUUUCUCUCAGUCUGAACUAUUGCACUGUAUCGGGGAUACCUUGUGUGUAUUACUAAGUGUGUUCAAUUCGGAUAAAAGUUUGGAUGGAUAUUCGGAUUCAGGAGUAUUUGUGUGCGUGUGUGUAUGGAUAAUUUGACCCGAUCAAAUACGUUUUACUUAGAUCAUCCCUCACGGCAAAAUGCUUAAUUUGAUGGAACUAACAAUGAGCUUAGAUAUCUAUCUGAAACAAGUGAGAGAUAAGACGUUUAUCCUGGUCAGUAAACUACGAAACCAGAAAAUCUUUCAAGUUAAAUAAAGGUGUAAAUAUAGUUAAUUGUGAUUUUUUUUUCUUUUCAAUAGUACUUUGUGCUAUAGCUUUAUAACCAUUUUGGCGUGAUACGUGUUAUAUAUUCUUUCAAAAUAGCGCCAAGUGCGUUGAUUAGAUCACCUUUUGGAAGGAUAUUAAAUCGGAAUGAAUUUGCUAUGGUAAAGACACCUUAUUAGUAAGGCCUGUGUUCUGCUUCUGAUUCACAUCCUGAUGUGUUCUGUUUAUUUUUUUUCGUUUGUGUGAACACUUUUUCUUCUUACCUAUUGUGACAUUAACUUAUGAAAUAGCGUGAAAACAUUGAACGAGUUGUGUUGUGUUAAGUUGCAUCAUUAACGUUACGUUUCAGAUGUGACGUGUAAUCUGAUUUUAUAGUGUUAAUAUUAACAAAUUACCUCUGGCAAAUAUGUGAGCAACUAAGAGUGUGGUAGUAGCACUUGGAUAAUGUAGUAUUAGUAGUAGUCACUUCAAAUCUAUCAAAAUAAUAAAGGUUACUGGUUUGGUAACCAAUUUCUUAAGUAUAAAAAGAGAUGAAGAGAGAGAGAGAGGUGAGAGAAAGGGAGAUAGAGAAAUGUAAGGAAAGGUUUUGUAGAAGGGGGAUUUGAGUGAUAUUUUAUGGAAGAAAGAUAUGAAAACAAUUAUAGCUUAGGGGAAUGAGAGAGGAAGGCGAAGAAACGAGGAUUAAGCGAGAAAAAAAACACACGUAAGAAAAGAGAGAGAGAGCAGACUGCAAAAAAAGCAAAGGCGAACGAAGAGCGGUAGUGGCGCCAAAUUCAUCUUUACAAUUAGACUAAGUACUACUUAAACAUUGAGACAUGUCUCUAACAUGUGUAAUGAUGAUUCAUGUGAUUCCUGAAGCAUAUCUGCAAACUGAUGCAUUGUCACUGUCGGAAAUAAGGUCUAUGACUGAUGAUGGCCAUACUGCACAGAUAACAGGUGGGUGUUUCAUAAAGCUUUUCGUAAGUUAAGAGCGACUUUAAGAACGACUGGUGAUCCUUUCUAGUGGUAAAUGGUAUAUUCAGUGGCGAUGGUUAAGCGCGUAAGAAAAGUUCACCAGUCGUUCUUAAAGUCGCUCUUAACUUCCGACCAGCUUUAUGAAACGGCCCCCGGGUUAUAUAUGUUCGAAUGGUUUAAUGGUUAUAUCCCACGCUGUUUAUAACGGUCAGAUGGGCACGAUGUGCAACAACAUCAGACGAGUGUUUACUAUUUAUAGCAAUCACCAAGAUGGCCGUCAUAGUUACUAAAUAUGGCUAUUAUUUUUUUACGAUUAUGACCAUUGUGGUAAAACUAUGCACUUUGCCAAUAAACAUGUCGGACGGUUGAUAAUACCGUACUGUGAUAAACUUAUUUUCAAGAUUUAAUUCCUCAAAUGAUCAGUUCGCAGUCAGCCACUCCAAUCGAUGUGAAAACUCUCUGGAGUCAAUGUCAUACAUGUAUAUGAUAAUUAAUCGCUUACAACUAGGACAUCAUGAAGUAAGGAGAGCUCAAACUUAUGCAACCAUUAAAUCCUUGCAAGGUAUCCAUACUCCAAAAUAUACUUUGCUUUCUCUCCGGCCAAUGACAAUGGAAUCCUUGUCACCAGUAAUACACAUGUUCAUGGCACAACAUUCCUAGAAAUGCCCUAUAGUGUAUAUAUAGAUGGAUAUAUAAGACUUUAUUCAGUCCUAGCAGCAAAAGGCACGCGGAUUAAAUGAAAGAUAAUGUUAAGUGGUGCCUACGUGAUACAGUACCUCACUCUUUUAUUUUCUGCCGUCCUCCCUCUUUCAGGAAGUUGGUAUCUGUGUUAUUAAAGGCAUUGUGUGGCAGUUUGAAACAUUGCAAAAUUGUCAAA